CGAAUCUCUAUCAUAAUGCCUACUAAUAUACAUAUCUCAAAAAUGUUAGCACUAUGAUGAAGACAAUCACGUCAUGCUUGUGGAUUAAUACAACAUGUUCUUUAAUAUUUCGUACAUAUAAAAGAGAAGUGCAGUGGCUCCAGUUAUCAGAGCGUUUCAUAAUGCUUUUACUGCAAUAUUUCAAAUUUCAUAUCAUCUCCGCCUUGCUUGCAUUGGAAGUAUCGGGGAAAGCAAAAUUUCCUGAAGACGAUUUGCCCGGAAUAUUCUUCGUCAAUAAUCCAAAACUGAACAAACUAACAGGAUCGGAAAGAGAAGAGCUUCCAGGACAAGCUGGUGAUUUAGGAGGAAGUGGAGCAAUAAAUCUUGGUGAUACAGAAGAUUACGGUGGUGACAUACCAAAUUGUGGGACGAGUAUGACAGCCAAACAAAGAGAAACUCUAUUAGAAAUACAUAAUAAAUAUCGCUCCGAGGUGGCUAAAGGAGAAUAUACAAUCAAAACUCCAAAAGGAAAAUUCAGAAGUUUACCUCCAGCUACCAGAAUGUAUAAAUUGAAAUACAACUGUUCGCUGGAAAAUUCGGCUGUGAAGUGGGCAAUAGAAACGAAGUGCAAAAUGAUCCACACGAAGGGUGCUUCCUAUGGCGAAAAUCUGUUUUUAGCUUGGGGAGAUACUCGUCCUAAUCGUAGUGAUUAUGCUGCUGCUAGUGCUCCUUCUUCUUGGUCUGAAGAAAUCAGGAAAUUUGGCAUCUCAACGCUUGAUGAAUGGAGACGUGAAAUCGGUCAUGCAACACAAGUCUUCACAGCAAGAACGAAGUGGAUUGGCUGCGGAAUACAUACUUGCGGAGACACCUUAUCACUAGUAUGUCAUUAUUACCCAGGUGGGAACAUAGUCGGUGUUGACAUGUACACGCCAGGAAAAACAUUAUCGGAAUGUGGAAAAAAUGCAAGCAACGAAAAUCUUGAUGAAAACACUGGACUUUGCAUAUGAUCGUGAAAUUAGGGUACUUAUUUUCAUCUGUGC